AUGGCGGCGCCACUCGUUAAAGUCCUGCAUCGCAUGCAGGAGCUCUUCCACAACAUCGUCGCCGCCUUGGAGGCUGCGCUGUUUGGCGGCGCCGACUCGCCUCGUCGCCAGCAGCGAAGGGCAUACCGUGGAAAACAGCAACAGCAGGAGCGCUCGCUCGAGGACCUGGCCCAAGAGAUUGACCAUCUGUUCAACUCGCCGCUGGGUCGCCAGAACAUGCUCGCCAUGUCGGCUCAGAUCCGUGACCAGCUCAAGGCCUGUCUCGACGCCAAUCCAGCCUGCAUGCUGCCCUCGUACAACACCGCGCUGCCCACGGGCGCCGAGACCGGCACGUUUCUCGCCCUCGACGUUGGCGGCUCCAACUUUCGCGUCGCCCUGAUCGAACUCGCCGGCCGGGAACAGGGCAUGCGCAUUGUGAAUGCCACCUCGACCGCCAUCGACGAGGAUAUCAAGGCCCUGCAGGGUCGCGCCUUUUUCGACUGGAUGGCCCAGCGCAUCGACACCAUCCUGGCCGCCGUCGACGCAAAGUACGGCCGCGAGGAGACGCCGCUGUCGAUUGGCUUGUCGUGGUCGUUCCCCGUUGAGCAGACUGCUAUGAACCGAGGCAACAUCCAGAACAUGGGCAAGGGAUUCCGCUGCGCCGACGGGCUUCUGGGCCAGGAACUGGGCGGGCUGAUCGAGGCGGCGUGCCAGAAGCGCUCGCUGAACGUGCGUCUCGACGCUAUUGUGAAUGACAGCUCGGCCACGCUGCUGACACGCGCCUAUGUCGAUCCCCAAACCCGCAUGUCGCUGAUCCUGGGCACUGGCACGAACGCCGCCGUCCAUUUCCCCGUGCACGAGUUGGGGCUUACCAAGUUUGGCGCACGGCCACCAGGCUGGUUCGACAACGCACGCCAUGUCAUUGUGAACAGCGAGCUGAGCAUGUUUGGCGGCAAAGUGCUGCCGAUGACGCGCUGGGACGAUGUGCUGAACCAGACUCACCUGCGCCCGGACUUUCAGCCCUUGGAAUAUAUGAUUACCGGCCGGUAUCUGGGCGAGAUUGUGCGGCUGAUCAUUUCCGAAGCUGUUGAGACGGCGGGCCUGUUUGGCGGCGACAUGCCACAUUCCAUGAAGGAUCCGUAUACGCUGGACACGGCGAUUGUGGCAUUUAUCGAAGGCGACGCCUCGCCGUCUCUCGCGCCGUCAGCUGCUCUGCUGCAAAAGAACCACACUUUCCCUGUGACUCCGUCCAGUGAGGAUCUGGCUUUUAUCAGACAUGUGUGUAAAUGCGUCUCCAAGCGGUCUGCCGGCUAUUUGUCGACAGCAAUCCACAGCAUGUGGUGUCUGCGCAACGAGGCCGAGUUCCCAACCUCGUCGUCGACCGAAUCCAUCAAAAAGACGACGGGCGACGACGAACUGUCGCCGCAAGAAGUCACCGUCACCGAGAUCGAAGCAGCCGCAACAAAGAACCUGAGCAUUGCGUGCGACGGCAGCGUGAUCAACAAAUACCCUGGAUUCCGCGACCAGUGCCAGAUCUAUCUCAACAUGCUGACCGAGUCCGAAUCUGCAGAUAAGCCGGCGAUUACGCUGGAGUUGGCGAAUGAAAGUGCGAUUUUUGGCGCUGCUGUGGCCGUGGCUAUUUCUGUUGCGGAGCGAGCAUAG